UGGACGGGCAACAUAGCAGACAAGACAGUCUUAUAACUCUCUCAAAGCAGUAAAAUUGUAACGUGUGAAAUAUGUUCGAUUUUGGAGAAUCACCCAUCAUGGAUUGGCAAUCGAUGCGUUCGUUUACGCCGAUGGUAGGCUCAGUGCUCGUCUAUUUAUUCACUAUUUUUGUCAUCAUCCCGCUAUUUAUGAGGAACAGAAAAGCGUAUUCGUUGAAGGGAUUCAUGCAGUGCUACAAUAUCUUUCAAGUGAUGGCCAACUUUUGGUUCUCGUACAAAAUAGUGUCGAUCGGUGGGUCUUGGUCCGUCAUAUCACGAUACUGCGAGCCUAUGGAGAAAAUUUGCGGUGAUAAUACUAUAAAGCAACUUGAAGUUGUGUGGUUGGCUAUGUGGCUCAGGGUGAUCGACUUCAUUGAGACAGUAGUGUUCUUGUUGAGGAAAAAGAAGACUCAAGUUUCAUUUUUACACGUUUAUCACCAUACAACCACGCCAUUAUUUCUUUGGGCUGUAAUGAAGUAUUUAUUUCAUGGUCACAUUCUGUUUAUGGUUAUGCUCAAUUGCUGCAUGCACACGAUAAUGUACAUAUAUUACUUUUUGAGCACUUACGAAUCGAAUAGACAGAAGUUUUAUCCGUUCAAGAAGUGGAUCACUAUUUUGCAAAUGGCACAAAUCUUGUUGAUAACGUUGUCCGCCACACAAGGAGUUCUUUCGGAUUGUAACAUGAAGAUCAAAUGCUACAGUAUAAUAGUAUUUGUCAAUGGUAUGUACAAUUUGGUACUCUUUUAUAAUUUCUACAAGAAUGCUUACAAGAGAUCGAAGAAAGAGUGAGCGUUACGAGCAAACCAGUGUCGGAAAUAAUAUUCGUCGGACGACUGGAAUAUUGCGACCUGUGUGCAUAUCGGCGAAGAACAAAACGAUGUUGUAUGACAGAUUUUCACAACAUUGAUGAAUAAAAUAUUUUUUGUUAUCACA